AUGCGCUUUAUUUACAUCACAGUUGCGUUGUUGGUGAGAGGCCUCAUGUCUAAGGAGUCCGAGUUUAGCUGCGCAUUUGCCUCCCCAAAAUUUUACGCUCUUUGUGGUCUUGGUGGUAUUCUUAGUUGUGGUACUACUCAUACCGCUAUUGUCCCCUUGGAUUUGGUUAAAUGCAGAUUGCAAGUCGAUAAAGCAAAGUAUGGUAACCUCACUCAAGGUUUCCGUGUGACCAUUAAAGAAGAAGGCGUUCGUGGCCUUGCUCGUGGCUGGGCACCAACUUUCUUCGGCUAUUCUCUCCAGGGGCUCGGAAAAUUCGGUUUUUAUGAACUCUUUAAACAUACGUACUCUGGUAUGCUCUCCGAAGAAAACGCCUUCCUUUGGAGAACAUCUGUCUAUUUGGCUGCUAGUGCUAGUGCCGAAUUCUUUGCCGACAUUAUGCUUUGUCCAAUGGAGGCUCUCAAAGUCCGUAUCCAAACUAUGCCUGGAUUUGCUAACACUCUUCGGGAAGGUUUCCCCAAAAUGGUUGCUGCUGAAGGAAUUGCUGGCUUCUACAAGGGUAUCGUUCCCCUUUGGGGUCGUCAAAUUCCCUACACUAUGAUGAAAUUCGCUUGCUUCGAAAGAACUGUUGAGGCUUUGUAUAAAUACGUCGUCCCCAAACCACGUUCCGAGUGCACAAAGGGAGAACAAUUGAUUGUAACUUUCGCUGCCGGUUACAUAGCUGGCGUCUUCUGUGCCAUUGUGUCUCAUCCACCGGAUACCAUCGUCUCUAAGUUGAACAAGGAUCCAAAUGCCAAACUUAUGGAGGUUGCUAGAAACCUUGGUUUGCGGGGUAUGUGGACUGGUUUGGGACCCCGUAUCAUCAUGAUCGGUACCUUGACUGCCCUUCAAUGGUUCAUCUAUGACGGCUUCAAGGUCGUUAUGCGUCUCCCACGUCCCCCACCACCAGUCAUGCCUGAGUCCCUCAAAGCCAAGCUCGAGGCCCAACAGCACUAA